GAAACCGAGGUCUGGACGCUCCCUACGCAGUCCUGGUUUUCGUCCACGGUGAAAGUUUCGAGUGGGGGGCUGGUCAUCCUUACGACGGGAGCGUUCUUGCUUCUUACGGCCACGUUAUUGUGGUGACGCUCAACUUUCGCCUUGGAAUUCUUGGCUUCCUGCGAACCCGAGCCACCUCCGUCCCCGCCGCAGAGAAAGGGGGCGAUUCUUCGGGGGGCAACUUGGGGAUCGAGGACAUCGCGGCAGCUCUGCGUUGGAUCAAGAUCAACAUCGCCGCAUUCGGAGGCGAUCCCUCUCGAGUGACGCUGGUGGGACACGACACCGGAGCUGCUUUGGUUAAUUUACUGUUCGUAUCGCCGACGUCCAAAGGGCUUUUCAAGAGAUAA